GCGGGCGCUGGGGGGUGUCCGGCCCGAGGCGCUCGCUCCCGUGCGGAGGCCGCGGCACCGGCGCGGGCGGCGGGAACGCGCGCGGGGAGCUCGUCCGUCGGCGACAGCGGGUGGGGGAACGGGCCGCCCCCCGGGCCGGCCCCGGCAUGGGGCGCUGCUGGGGCCGCCCCCCUCGCCGGGCCCGGCGCGCCCCCGGACUCUGCGUGCGGCGCCGCCCGCGGGGCCUGUAGGGGCGGCCGCGCCGCGCCUGGCCGGGGGCAGCGGCGGCAUGAGGAGCCGCUGCGGCCGCCGGCAGUGAAUGGGCUUGGCGGCGGAGCGGGAGGAGCCGGAGCCGCCGCCGCUGCCGCGAUGGCUCAGGAGAAAAUGGAGCUGGACCUGGAGCUGCCGCCGGGGAGCGCCGCGGCGCCGAGCGACGGGGGCGGCCUGCGGAGAUCCAACAGCGCCCCCCUCAUCCACGGGCUCAGUGACAACUCCCAGGUUUUUCAGCCUUAUGUGUUGCGAACCCGCAGGAACAGUACAACAGUUAUGAGCCGCCACAGUAUGUUGUUGUCAUCAUCUCCUAUUCGUAUUCCUAGUAGCCGACUUCAUCAGAUCAGAAGGGAGGAAGGAGUGGAUUUAAUGAACAGAGAAACAGCACAUGAAAGGGAAGUGCAAACAGCAAUGCAGAUAAGCCAGUCAUGGGAGGAAAGCUUGAGCCUGAGCGACAAUGACUUGGACAAGUCUGAGAAAUCUUCCUCCCCAAAGAGAAUAGACUUCAUUCCAGUUUCGCCUGCACCUUCACCUACGAGAGGAAUAGGAAAGCAAUGUUUUUCACCAUCGUUGCAAAUGUUUGUGAGCAGUAAUGGAUUGCCUCCAAGUCCUAUUCCCAGUCCAACAAGGCGAUUCUCCAACAGGAGGAGUCAAAGUCCAAUCAACUGUAUCAGGCCCAGUGUUCUUGGUCCCCUUAAAAGAAAAGGUGAAAUGGAAACUGAAAGUCAGCCAAAGAGACUUUUUCAAGGAACAACCAACAUGCUUUCUCCAGAUGUUACACAUCUGACAGAUCUCAGUUCAUGCCUGUCUUCAGAUAUUCUUGAUGGGAGUAGCAGCAGUGUUGGCUCUUCCUCCGACUCACUGACUAAAGGCAGCAUAACCACAGAGUCUCCAGUAACGUGCUCAAACUCCUGCUCUUCAUUCAUUUUGAUGGAUGAUCUCUCACCGAAGUGACUUCAAAAGCUCUGAGUCGGUGUCUGGCUGUGCUGUUCCCUUCCCAUACACUUGUGCAGAGAAAUGAACUCUGAUCCUUGAACCAUUAACAGGAGAAUUAUUACAAGGAAAAAAAAAAAACCAUUGUAACUGUAAUCCUUGGCAACUUUCCAGUGAUUUUGAUUUAUCCAUUUAAUGGACAUUGUAGACCAUAUUAAUGUCUGGUUUUGCGAAUUUAUUUUUGAAACAAGUUGUCUGCUCAGAUGAUACUAACUUCUUGCUUUCAGGAACUUGCACACACUUUUUGAUUCCAAGGAUAGGUAUCUUACCUACUGGUGUUGCAACUUUUAGGAGAGAUACUUUUAUCAAGGUCACUAUGUCUAGGGAAAUAAUUUGGUUUGGGAGGAUUGGAAGAUACUAAUUUAUUCUCUGGCACUUGUACCACUGAGUAAAGCUGUUCUUGCUUUUUUUUCAGUCACUAGCCUCAAAUUCUCUUACGGAAGGGAGACAAAAAUGUUUUGUUAGUGCUGCUAGUUGUUUUUAUUUCAGAAGGCCACAGUGGGUGUGGAAAUGUCACUCUAUUACAUUAAAAAAUACCCAAACCACAACAAAAUAACUAAUGACUGGCACUUUUGCCAUCAGUGAAGAAAUAACAAUACUCGACAGACGUGAUUAAAAUAGCUGUGUAGUUCUCUUCCCCAGAUCCUUUAUCCUACAGAUUGUGUGAAAUAAGGUCAACAUUCAGCAAGACUUGGCCGAGGAAAAACAAUCCAGGCCUCGAUCUAAGACAUACAAUGCAGAUAACUAACUUAUUUAAACUACUGUGUAGGAGAACCAUGUAUGGCACCGUUGAUGUCUCCUGUGGCAUUGAGGUCAUAGGUAUUUUUGUGCCUUAGGGGACAUUGUCACAAAAUUAUGGAAUGUAAACCAGAGGGGUGGGUGGGAAAAGUCCUUUGUGUACAGCUUGUUUCUAGAGUGCUUACCGGAGUCUGUCGUCAAUGCUGCUUUCCUUAGUGUUCCUCUCCGAGGUGUGUGCGCUCUGUGGCGAGGUGCUGUGGGCAGUUCCCACCUCUGCUCUUGGAUUGUGGCCGAGGUAAAGACCUUUUGCAGUUGCUCUUUGCCCUGGUUGGUUGUGGGUAGGGCAGACAGCUCUGUGAACUUUCCCUCUGUAAGGAAAGACCGAAGGCUUGGGAUUGAAUACGAGCUCUGCGAAUGGAUUGGCUCGAGGAGUUACAGCUGAGCUACGAGUAGUCUUGAUGCAGUACCUUGGUGAGUCUGAGGUGAGACAAUAGAUAUUUUACUUUUUAAAGACGUUAAAGGGGCAAAAUAAAUCCGUUUGUAAUCUACUGUGUUAUGCUAUUUAUUAUUUAUAACUAUGUAAAAAGUCUGUGGUGAUGAAUUAUAGUAUUUUUUUAUGAUUGAAUAAGUUUUUUUUAUGUUCAGUAAUUGCUGGCUGGUUUGUAUUUAAUACUCAACAUUGUCUGCCAGAAUCAUAAGCUUCCAGUUUUGAAUGUUUGUAACAUAAAUGCUUUUGUUACCUAAAAAAAAAAAAAAAGUACAACUUCUGAUCUUUCUGAGAGAGAAUAGCACUGAAUUCAAAGUAAGAUUACGUGCUUUAAAAAGAAAGCAAGCACAAUCUCUGGCAAUACUGUCUGGCUGAAAAGGGGAGGGGGAGAACCGUAGUUUUUUUCUGUUCUUCAGAAGCUGUUGAGUUUCCAGAAGACUUGUACAUACCAGAUUAUUUUUAAAAGUGUUUCCAUUAAAUUGUAAGAAGCAGUGGAACGGGCCAACAGUGGCACUCUUCUUUGUAUCAUUUUUCACCUGUGGAGCAUUAGUUCCCCACCUCAAAUAAAUGUGCAUAUUGUAAAA